AUGGAAUGUGAAUGUUCAAGAACCACACAGAGAGUUGCCAUGAAAGAAAGUUUGAUUGAUGAAAUUUAUUCUUGGUCUUUUGAUGAAAUUCUUGAUCAAGAACUGUUCAAAGACAAGGUAGAGAAGAUUCCUGACACGUUUCAACAAGUAGAAGAAUAUUCUGGAUCGUUUGUAUACCCAUUAUUGGAAGAAACAAGGGCUGAACUUGCUUCAAGUCUUGAUAACAUAUCAAGAGCACGUUAUGCUCAAGUUCUUGGAACUUCUAAACAAGGUGGAACAUCGCUAUAUGAUAUCAAAGUUGAUUAUUGGAGAAAUAGGCUUGGAAUACAUAGAAAAGACUAUUACCAGACAUUGCCUGGAGAUAUCUUGGUUUUCACAAAAGCUAAACCUGAAACUAUUUCCGAUUUGAGAUGGCACGGAAGGGCAUGGGCUGCUAAACUUAAAGAGAGUGACGGGUAUGAUGAUGAUAACGCUAAUGCAACUUGUCUUCGAGUCAAAGGUUUUAGAGGUGAUGAUCAUGUCAGUUUUUCACUAGGGAAGAAAUUAUUUGUAGUUUUCUUGAUGAAUGUCAGAACACAUGAAAGGAUUUGGAAAUCUCUGCGAUUCAAUGGAAAUUUGACUGUUAUUAAGCAAAUCUUGAGCUCUUCUAUGCAGGAUAAGGGGAAGAAUAGGCUUUGUACCUGCCAAGGAAAUUGCAUUGAAAUUAAAGAAUCAAUUAUGACCAUCUCAUCUCAGCUGAAUGAAUCACAAAGAAAAGUAAUUGUUGAUAUUCUUUGUAAAUUGCAAUGCAAUCACAGGUCUUCUGUAGAACUUAUAUGGGGUCCCCCAGGGACUGGAAAACCUAAAACUCUGAGUAUCUUGCUUUACAUUCUCUUGAGAAUAAAGUAUAGGACUCUCAUCUGUGCCGCAACAGAUACUGCAGUUCAACGAGUGGCAUCUCGUGUUGUAAAGCUGGUAAAGAACUCUUCCUCAUGUUCAUUGGGAAGCAUUCUCUAUUUUGGGGAUAAUGGUGUUGCAAAAGUUGAUACAGACAUUGUAGAGAUAUAUUUAAAUCAUCAAGUCAAAAGUCUGGAUAGUUGCUUACGAACUGCUUCCUUGGUAUUCUGCACUGCCUCAAGUUCAUCCAUGCUGCUUUCAGGGUUAGAGCCCCUAAACUUGUUAAUCAUUGAUGAGGCCACACAAUUAAGAGAGUGCGAAUCAUUCAUACCUUUGCAAUUGCAAGGAUUUAAGCAUGCUGUACUCAUUGGAGAUAACUGUCAGCUAGCAGCAACGGUUACUAGCAAUGUUUCUGCUAGAGCUGGCUUUGGGAGGAGUUUGUUUGAAAGGUUGACUUCAUUUGGUUGUUCAAAGCAUACUCUGAAUAAGCAGUACAGAACGCAUCCUCUUAUCAGUUCUUUUCCUAAUUUCAAAUUCUAUGCAAACCAGAUUUGGGAUGCUCCAUAUGUUAGAAACAAAAGUUUUUUGAAGUGCUUUCUCCCUGAUCCAGUAUUUGGUCCAUAUUCAUUUAUAAAUAUUUCUUGUGGAAAUGAAGAGCUGGAUAGCCUGAGAUGUAGCUUCAAAAAUAUGGCUGAACUUGCAACUAUGAUGAAAAUUGUGCAAAUAUUGUUCAAAGAAUGGAGCAAAUCGAAACAAAAGCUUAGUGUUGGCAUCAUAUCUUUCUACACGGCACAAUUUGUUGCAAUCAAUGAAAAAGUUGGACGGAGGUACGAGAACUUAGAAGGAUUUUCACUGAAAGUGGAUACAAUAGGUGGCUUCCAAGGUGGUGAGGAAGAUGUAAUAAUAUUGUCUACUGUUCGUACUAGUGCUGAUGGAUCAAGUGAGUUCAUUUCCAAUCUGCAGAGAAUUAAUGUAGCUUUGACAAGAGCAAGAACUCUUGCUGAUAGUAGCACUGUUUGGAAAUCCAUUAUCCAAGAGGCUAAGGAUUGCAAGUGUUUUUACAAUGCUGAAGAGGAUAAGGAAUUGGUUGAUGUUGUGCUACAGGUAAAGCAAGAACUUGAUAAGCUUGAUGAUGUCCUAAAUGCAGACAGCACACUUUUCAAAAAUCAUUUGCAAAGUUGA